ACCGGAGCGCUGGAUUCAAGUGUUUAACCGGGCUCUGCGGCUCUGCGGCUCUGCCACUCUCCGCUCCUGUGGGUCGCUGGCAUGAGCUGUGGUCUGGAUGGCUGACGGUGAGGGACGCGGCCCAAUCACGUGACAAGAUGCUGGCUCGCAACCGCUUCCUCCUCCUGGUGGUGGUGGGUGGGGCAUUGCUGGCCAUCAUCAGUUUGAGCCUUCAGUUCUUGAACCUGAUCCCGACCACUCCAAUAGUGGAGGAGCAACCCUUCAAGGCUAUAGAUGGAGGCUUUGGGGUGGCUCUGGGAAAGAGCAGGAAGAGAGUGUUCCCGGUGCUGCACAUCCAGGAACCCAACCCCAUUUUGGAGGCUUAUGGUUAUUGCAAUACCCCCAACCACACAGAACAGGCUUGGGAGGGUCACAGUCCUGCCGACUACAAGCUGCUCUCUGUCCACGUCAUGAUUCGUCAUGGCGACCGUUACCCGCUCUACUUCAUCCCCAAGACCAGACGACCCUCCAUCGACUGCACCCUGUCCGGCAGCAGGAAGCCCACCCACCCUCUGCUGAAGUCCUUCAUCAGCCACAUGAGUCAGGGAGGACAAGGCCACUGGGAGGCUCCACUGAGCUCAGUUCCCCGCCUGCCCAACCACAGUGUCUGUGAGACAGGAGAACUCACACAGACAGGUGUGGUGCAGCACCUCCGCAAUGGGCAGCUCCUCCAACAAGCCUACAAGCAUCACAAUCUCCUUUCCCCGGAUUGGGCGCCCCGUCAGCUGUGGGUGGAGACCACAGGUAAGGGCCGGACUCUCCAGAGUGGACUGGCGUUCCUCUACGGCUUCCUGCCAAACUUUGACUGGUCGAAGCUGACGGUGCGUCACCAGUGGAGCACGUUGUACUGCGGCUCGGCCUGCGACUGCCCCGCCAGGAACAGAUACCUGGAUGAGGAGCAGAGGAGGCAGUAUCGGCUCCGAGUGGCCGACACCGAGCUGGAGAGGAAUUACGUAGACAUGGCGCAGACUUUGGGAGUGCCCACUCGCCAGCUGCGAGCUGCCAACCCCGUAGACUCCCUGCUGUGCCACCUGUGCCACGACCUGUCAUUCCCCUGCGUUCCAGCAGGUGGGUGUCUGACAAUGGCACAGUUUGCUGUGAUUCGCCGGCAGCAGCUUGAUGAUGAAGCGGAUCGCAGAAGAGUCGGACUGUACCAUAAAUACGCCAUCCUGGCUAUGUACCCCUAUCUCAACCGAACUGCUUCCAAGAUGGAGCGCGUCGCCAAGAGCAGCGAGGCUGGCCGACGGCCUCGAGCAGCAGGCGAGGAGGUCUUCACCCUCUCCUCGGCUCACGAUGUCACCGUGGCCCCACUGUUGAGCGCUCUGGGCCUGGAGGAGGCCAGGUUCCCACGGUUUGCCGCGAGGGUGGUGUUUGAACUGUGGAGGAGUCCCCCAACAACUCAGGGGCAGCCGAAGAAGAAAGCUGGCAUAGCGAAACACGGGGAGGUGUUCAUCAGGGUGCUGUACAACGGCGAAGACGUAACGUUUCAUACCACGUUCUGCCGCUCACACGAGCGCCGUGCCGGCCAGCCUCUCUGCCCGCUGAUGAACUUCCUGUCUUUUGUCAGGAGAGACAUGUUCAGUAUCGUCAAUGCCACUUCUUACCAGGACGCCUGCUUCACACACUCUGGUUAACACGGCGAGAUGAAGGUUCUGCUCACAGUGUCUUAAAAGCCCAUUUAUUUUAAAUGUAGUCCUUUAACAUUCUUGUGCACAAAGUGAGUGAAACACACAGACUCACUUCUGCACAAUCUGGUCAGUGUCAGGUUUUCUCUGGGGAUGUAGAACCAGUUUUAGGAGAGUUGUAUGUGUGAUCAGAUAAAGAUACUGUACAUGUCAGUGUUUGUUUCAUUGGUGACCAGGUCCGAACUGACCCUUUCCUUUGGGAUACCAGAGUAAAAGGGUGUGGUACGGUACCUGACCGGCUCCACCCACGACACUCAGCUGACUGGGCAACAGAAAAAUGUCCCUCCCUCGCGUCUUUUCUCGUACGACGACUUGUUGGGACAAACAGCCACAACCUGAGCGGGACAGACAAGCUGCUGGACGUCCUCCAUUGUUGUCUGUUGUGUCGCGUUCGAUGUCAUCGUUAGUCGUACGACGUCACGCUACAAAUUCUUUUUGUCUGUUAACUGUGUCCAUAGUGUUGAUGCCAUUCCUGCAUCAGUAUUAAAACACUUCCAUGGUGUUUAAGGGAAUUGUGGAGACCGGAGAAAUGUCCUGCCAGCAUCGAUGUCAUAUGAACUAUGCAGCACAAAAUGAAAUGGAUGCUUUUGUAGUGGUCUCAUCACUUCACAAAGCUCUGUUUGUACAACACUUAGCCACUUUAUUCCUACAUUCCAUGAUACGGUGGAAUUGUAAACAUGUCUGUAAGAAAUAAAGGGAACAAAAGCUGGAAGUUCUGCUGGAUUCAACAUUCCUGACAAAUAUUUUUGGAAUAAUUGUUCAAUGAAAAUCCUCUUUUUGGCUAAUUGGACCACGUUACUCAUUUGUUUUAAACAUGUUUAUUGCAGUCUUUGUAACGGCUUGUUUCUUAUAAUUGUUGUUGAUCUUUUUUCUUUUUAUUAAAAUUGAUUAUGGUACUUUGA